UCUUGAGAGGCACACACACACACAUACAUACCCCUUCGCAGUUUUCAUUCCUUUCUCAGGUUGUUUAGAGGGUUCUAAGAGCACUCGUCAUGAAGAUAUUGCAUGGACACGGAGUUUUCUUUUUGGUUCAAUGGUUUGGGCUUCGAAGACGGAGGGGAACUCACCUGGGGGUUGGAAGGGGAGGCGGGAAAGAGGAGAGCAUACCUCGGCGUUUACGAUGUUCAAGUUGUCUUGUGUGGUUGUGGGAUCUAUACUACCUACCUAGGCAGGCAGUUAAUAGUACGCUGCUGUGUGUUUUUGUCGACGAGUUGUAAUAUCAUCAUCUUGGUACCAUCUAAACCUGAGAUGAGUCUGAACUGGGUUAGGUUUGCCUUGGGAUUUCCACUCCUUGUAUGCCACACCAUGCCGUGCCAUCAUCGCAAGACAGACAAGCUUACCUAUGCACCCGCCUUUGCGCGCGUUUCCCUUCCAAUCAUCCUUUUUCUCUCUUUCCUCACCUACACGAGCGGGAUAAUGUCCCUCCGCUGCUGACAUGCAGAUAAAAUGUGAGACUCUACGAGCGUUUGUGUCUCUGCUUGUUACACCCCCUUGCAGGCUUGCACAGCAGAACGACCCACGAGAGAGAGAGAGAGUGAGAGAGAGAGAGAGACAAAGGACGAUGCCACAUACCUACCUACCGCCUACCUUACAUUGGGGACUUCAGAAACGGGCAGAUGAGCUGGAACGGUUAGAACCGGCUGUAGGCCUCCAUCUAAAGGCAGACAGAUGGUAUAAUGAUAGCUCUUCAAAUACCCCUGGAGAUUUCCACU